GUUGGCUAAUCGCUCCGCUCACACGCUUUGCUACAAAAUCACAGGGAUGGUCAGCGGAACUGUCCUAACUGUUGCUAUAGCUACGAUGCGCAACACAAUCUUCGUUUAAGUCCCACCCUCACUCAAGUCGCACUUGUGAGCCUCCAGGGGUGGCGGUGUGACUGCCCUGCACCUAUUUAUUCAGAGCUACACAACUAAGAACAUAAGAUUUAAACCUUCCAAUGACAACUAUCAAUCAAACAUUACGCGCGCGGCUCCUUCUGCGGUUUGGAGAUUACCUGGGAGCUUGUAACCUAAAUUAAUGGCAUUCAGAAGGAACAGGCCACUGUGACACUGGUCCCCAUAAGGUCACGGAGGAGACCCACGGUUAGACCACAGGAGGCGGACUCAGGCUAAUUAAAGAGGCGGUUGCUAAGCGACGAGAAGCAACAACAUCGUCAAAGGGAUCUGCUGCCAUACUGAUAGAGUGAGAGUGAAAGAGUGAGAGAGAAAGUGAGAGAGAGAUUGAGAGUGAGUGAAAGAGUACGAGAGCAGGUGAAAGUAACAGAGUGAGAGAAGGAGAGAGAGGGGGUGAGAUUCUGACUAAAGCAUGGCAGCGUUCACAACUCCCAGCUCCAGCAGGGUGAGCCGGGCGGCCCAGCCCAAGCCAGAGGCCCUGGGGCCGGGGCCAGGACUAGGGCAGAGCCGGGCCUCAGACACAGGCCUUACUGCCAUGCUGGAGAAGACCCAGGAGUUCUUCCUCAUCUGUGACAUGGAGGACAAGGGAUUCAUCACACGCAGAGACAUGCAGAGACUUGGUGGAGAGCUGUCUCUAAGCUCAGACGAGCUGGAGAACGUCUUUGACACGCUGGACGCUGACGGAAAUGGCUACCUCACACUGGACGAGUUCUCCUCGGGAUUCAGCCAGUUCCUGUUUGGCCGGAGGGUUUCUGGGGCGGAGGUGGGGGGGGAGCUGUACCAGAGCCGGGGGGGGGAGAAGCUGUCUGGCAGUGAGGAUGAGGAGGAGAGACAUUUCUGCAUGCUGAUGGACAGCCUGGGAGCCAGCAACGUAUUCCAGGACCCUGGGGAAGUGCGCAGUCUCUGGGCCCAGGUGCGUAGGGACGAGCCGCACCUUCUCUCCAACUUCGAGGAGUUCCUGGCCCGGGUCACCUACCAGAUAAAGGAGGCCAAUCAGGAGAAGAGAGACAUGGAGAGUGCCCUGAAGAGGAAAGCUGCCACACAUGAUGAUGAAAUUCAGCGCCUGUAUGAAGAGAUGGAACUGCAGAUCACAUCCGAGAAGGACAGGGCGCUCCUGCAGGACUCAGAGCGCUUCCUGUCCCGCAGACAGGACCUGGAGACCCAGCUGACCAACAAGGAGCAGGAGCUGCAGCUGCUCUUCAGGAAGGAGAGGAGGUUGGACCUGCAGUGUCAGGAGCUGCAGAGUAAACAGCAGGAGAGCAGGGUGGAGAACGUGAAACUCAAACAGACCAAUGAGGGGCUGCAGAGGGAGCUCAGACACACCAGCCAGGAGCUCCGCCUCACCCAGGAGCAGCUGUGUGUGCUGCAGGAGCAGUCCUCUCGCCUGCACCAGGAGAGAGAGAUGGAGCUGUACAGAGUGACAGAGGGGAUGCAGAGAGAGAGAGCCACUCUACUCAAACAGCUAGAGCUCCUCAGGGAAAUGAACAAACACUUGCAAGACGAACGGGACGUGUGCUACCUGAAUUCGCAGAAAAAACAUUCGCGCAAGCAGAGGCCUGGUUUAGGCGCUCUGAAAAGCACAGAGAGGACACAGAGAGGAAGUGAGGAAGAGGAGGAGAUACCCCCGGCCUCCAGCACGUGGCGCUCAGAGGACACGACUGGCCAGGACCUGGUGGUGAGCCAGGAGGGCGGGGCCAUGAGGAACAGGUGGGGCCAGCAGCCACUGCAGCGAAUCAUGUCCAUCGAGGAAGACCCCCUCCCUCAGCCGCUACAGCCCGGGUACGAGGCCCAGCUGCAGGACUGGAGUGAGGACGAAGAGGAGGAGGAAGAGGAGCGCACUGACCUGGAGACGAGCCGCAUCCGUCCUGCCACCGCCACCACCGCCCCGGAUGCUCCACUGCACCCCCUGCCCGCCGGGCACAGGGCCGCCCCCCUCACCCGCAGGGACACUCCCCCAUCUCCAAGGGGACAGCCUGUCGGCAAGGAAACCAUCCAGCAUGAGGAGGAGGCAGUGACCUGCACACCAGACCGCCUGUUCAAGGUAGUGCUGGUGGGGAACUCCAGCGUGGGCAAGACCUGCCUGCUGCGCCGUUUCUGUGACAACUGUUUCCAACCGGGCACCAUCGCCACCGUGGGCAUUGACUACAGUGUGAAGACAAUAACAGUGGAGAACAGCCAGGUGGCGCUGCAGAUGUGGGACACAGCAGGACAGGAACGGUACCGCAGCAUCACCAAGCAGUUCUUCCGCAAGGUGGACGGCGUGGUGGUCAUGUAUGACAUCACCGCUGAGCAGAGCUUCACCGCAGUGAGGCAAUGGCUGAGCAGCGUGCGGGAAGGGGCAGGAGACGGCAUUCCCAUCAUGCUCCUGGGGAACAAAACAGACAGGCCAGGCGAAAGGGAGGUGGAGACUGGAGCGGGCGAGAGACUGGCCAAGGAAUCCCACUUCAUCUUCUACGAGUGCAGCGCCUUCUCUGGCCACAACGUCACAGAGUCCAUGACUCACCUGGCUAUGAUUCUGAAGGAGCAGGAGGACAGAGAGAAGGAGAAGACAGUGCAGUUGGUGGGCGAUGCCCCCAAAAAACGUUCCUGCUGCUCAAGACAGUAGAGCCCCCCCAGACCCCCCCGGUCUGCGGUCACAUCUCCCCCAGUCUCGGACACGCACGCACACACACACGCACGCACGCACACACACAGUGUGCAGUAAAGCAGGCUGCUUCAGAACAGCCAGUGAAGCCAAAAAGCAUGCCAUGAUCAUUUCCAUAUGGAGAACAGGGCUAACACAGGCCACACAGGCUAACACAGUUAAACUGUACAUAAAGGAUCUUCCUCUGACUCAUGUCUGAGCUAGCUUCACUUAACGCACUGCCAGGUGAAGAGAACAGGCGAUUGAUAGCGCAUGCCUGUGUGGACCCUGCUACAGCACAGAGCACAUACCUGUGUGGACCCUUCUACAGCACAGAGCACAUACCUGUGUGGACCCUGCUACAGCACAGAGCACAUACCUGUGUGGACCCUUCUACAGCACAGAGCACAAAGCCUGUGUGGCUACAGCACAGAGCAGUGACAUGCAGAACAUUAGGACUGGACUUUACAAAUGGGGACAAGACAAGCAAAAGAUUCUCAAAUUGUGUAUUUAUCUGCAAUCAAUUUCUCUACUUCAGUAGUCGAUUGAUAAAGUAGCAACUAUUUCUUUAUCUGUUAAUCUCAGAAUUAAAAUCUAACACUAAAUCCAAGUAACAGAAUCAAUUUCAUACACCAAAUUUAGAGCUCUACUAUCUGCACGCACAGUUCAGCUAAAGCAGCACGCACAGUUCAGCUAAAGCAGCACACAGUUAGGCUAUUAAUUUAUGAGCGUGGUAUUCAUUCAACAGUCCGUCCAUCCACAAAAUUGGUUUGUUCAUUUAAGUUUCUCAUUGUGUACAACCAUCAGAACGGUACUAGAAAAAAGGACUGUUUGAAAUUCAGCACACUAAUUUCACUGAAUGUCCAUGCAGCUGGCUUGACUAUCAUCUCCAUAUCAAGUCCCUAAUUAUGUACAGUUCUCCAUACAAAAAUGUUUAUUAAUAACAUAUCAUUUAAGGUCUGCAGGGUGUUAUAUUUAAGUACGGUGUAGGCCUACUGUUUGGAAUGAACUGUGUAUUGUAUUUACUGUUGUGAGUGAUAUGGUGAUUUACAAGUUAAUUUGUGUUUAUAAUCCUUAAAGUCAGAAUAAAUGGCAAUUAUCACUGUC